GUCAGCAAGUGAAGAAGAGAACUCGCAGUUCGCUGGGCGCCGCAUCCAUGGCGUCUCGCGCACAGCUGCCCUGCAAUGCUCUGUUGCAGGAGCUCAGAUCUUCUAGGUACCUAGGUAGGUAGAUCUUAUGGUACAGACUCCAGAGUCGGUACGUACGCCUGCAUGCGCAUUCGACCUUCCUUCUGCAAGACCUUUCCUUCUUCAGUUCCACAAACCUUCGUCAAUUGUACAGCAUUGCCACAGAGAAACUGGUUGUCACGAAGAAUUGGUAAUCUUGUAGCUUCAUUGUCUGCUGAGCAGCGACUUUGUCUCCUGUGCUCAUAGUUGGCGGCGAUUCCGUAGAACUGCCCAACCUGAGGAUCGCAUCGGUCACCGCAGCAUUCCUCUCAAACAUUCCCGGUCUCUUUAUCAGCAGAAGAAACAUGGCCACCUUGGCGGAUCUUAUGAAUAUGGAUCUUGAGAAGGAAGGAGUCACCAAGAUCAUUGCGGAGUAUGUUUGGAUCGGUGGGCACAAGUUGGAUCUAAGAAGUAAAGCCAGAACGCUCGAGGGCCCAGUAACCGACCCUUCCAAGCUCCCAGACUGGAACUACGAUGGAUCCAGCACGGGUCAGGCCCCCGGAGACGAUAGUGAGGUCAUCCUCAAGCCGCAGGCUAUUUACCGGGAUCCUUUCAGGAAGGGCGCUAACAUCCUGGUGAUGUGCGACACCUACACCCCUGGUGGCGAGCCCCUGCCAACCAACCACAGAUUUGCCGCUGCUGAGGUCUUGGAGAAGGUCAAGGAGCAUGUGCCCUGGUUUGGGAUUGAGCAGGAGUACACCCUGUAUCAGGCCGGCACCAACUGGCCCCUCGGCUGGCCAAAGGGCGGCUACCCAGGUCCUCAGGGCCCGUACUAUUGCGGAGUUGGCGCAGACAAGGCUUGGGGCCGUGAGAUUGUGAAUGCGCACUACAAGGCAUGCCUGUACGCGGGCAUCAACAUCAGCGGAAUUAACGGGGAGGUCAUGCCCGGACAGUGGGAGUACCAGGUUGGCCCCUGUGUCGGAAUCGAUUCCGGCGACCAGCUGUGGAUGUCUCGCUACCUUCUCGAGCGGGUAACGGAGAUGGCGGACGUCGUGUUGACUCUUGACCCCAAGCCGAUCCCUGGGGACUGGAACGGUGCUGGUUGCCACACCAACUACAGCACCAAGGAGAUGCGCGAGAAGGGCGGCAUGGCGGCCAUCGAGGAGGCGAUCAGCAAGCUGGCGAUCAAGCACGUGGAGCACAUCGAGUGCUACGGCGAGGGCAACGAGCGCCGCCUGACGGGCAAGCACGAGACCGCGUCCAUGGAGUCCUUCUCGUGGGGCGUCGCCAACCGGGGUGCGUCGAUCCGCGUCGGGCGCGACACCGCGCAGAAGGGGUACGGCUAUUUCGAGGACCGGCGGCCCGCGUCCAACAUGGACCCCUACAUCGUGACCGCCAAGAUCGCGGAGACCACCAUCCUUUUCGACCCCAAGGACCACCCGCUGCCCAAGUCAUCGGACAAGCCCCUUUCGCACGUCCCGGCCCCCCACCUUUAGGGGCUACUCGCGGGACCAUUGGCUUCCAUUCGGAACGGCGCUUCAAGAAGCGGCCUCCGAUGCAGGACGUCAAGCACGUACGUCGAUUGUUGCUCAAUAGAUAGGUGCUUUCCGUUGUGAGCAAGAACAAAGAUUGAAGUUGUAAAACUUGUGGAGUAGUCCACCCUGUAUAUUCUUAGUAUGUCUCUUGCCCUAGUAUCUUCAUCGCUUCGGGCCGUUUGAGAGGCUCUAAAGUCGAAUUAGCCCGUCAAGUCGGUUGUCUUGAAUAGACCAUGGUCAAGUGGAGAUCUUAUUGCAAGUUGACACAAUUCGGGCUUCAUAGGGCUCGGGGUCAAUUGUGAGGCCCCUUGUGUAAAAGCUGAGGUGCUU